ACCAUCAGUGAUAGAGGGGGGGAAGACAAAGGCCGCUGCACAAACCCGCAGUUGGGAAAACGUUUGUGACACGAAUCGAUAGAAAGAUGCACAUGGACCCAUUAUACCGGCGGGACUUAAAAACUAUAGCUUAAUGUGCACCGACUUCAGUGUAACAGGAAAUAUAAUUUAACAUUUGUUUGGUAGGGAUGCUGCAGUAUCGUGCCUGAACAUCGUUAUCUGCUAAUAUCAUCCUUGUUGACUGCCGUCUUCCUACUGUGUGCUCGGAGGUGAGAGAGUUUGUGGUGACAUGGUUAUAUAUUGUGGAUGGCACCGGACAGCCAUGGACCCGAAUAGCAGCUGUUUGCCAAUAACUGGUGAAGACACUGGUUUGGAGGCUUUGGCCUCACCACUGGCGGGGUAUUUGGGAAAAGUGCAGGGAAGAGCUGCUUCACUGGACUAUUGCCCUUGGUGUACAUCGAAGGGGCUGAGCUAUGCUCUACGCUCGUACCGAAUCAGCCUCCAGGAUUCGAUCACUGUCUGCACAAACCCACAGUGCCUCUUCCCACUGGUCAGCCGCUCCUUGGAGGAUGUUUUGGCUAGCUUGGAUGCCGUGGAGCCAGUUGUUGGGAACAAAAGAAAAAAUGCCUCCACACAGGAAAAGGAAGAGUUGAUUAAACCUUCAUUCAAACAUCUUCGAUCAAGUGAACUUGGCGGUCUCGAGCCACAAGGUGUAACUGCCACACCUGUUAGCUCAGCAGAGGAUGGUGCUGUAAAUGCUGUCAGAAAUGACCAAUAUGCAGAACCCACGACAGAUGAGGAAAAGCUGAAUGGAUACCACAGGGAUUAUCGAGUUGCAGAAGUGACAAAUAGGGAAUCUGUGAAAGAAAAUGAUCCAGACUGUGCUGCUUAUGCAGAAGGUCUUGCCCCCUCUAUACUCUCAGCUGAAAGCUCCCUGCAACUUUCUUUGACUACUGAUGAAAAUGAGGCUGUGCUCAGUUCACAUUGCAGUGCCCAUGGUAUAUCAGGGAUUGAGUUAAACCACGAGAGGAGUCUUCCUGGAAUCCAAAACGGCUUUGAACAGGACAUUCAUUUAAAUGAAAUCGAUAUUUCACAGAGUCCUCAAAGUGAGCUGACAAUGUGUACAGAAAUAUCACGGACUGAAAUCUGUAAGAAUACAGAGAAUACAUUAAAGGAGUCAGAAGAUCUUGUACCUAUUCCAGAUCAGCUUCUCUGGAGGAACAGUGACAACCUGUGUUGGCUGGACUCGCUGCUUGCUGCUCUGUUCAACUGUAAGAGUUUGCAAAGGUGUAAACCUAAAGACGAACCUCAGCAGUCAUCUCUGUGGCAGCUCCUAAAAGGAUAUGAAGACAUAUGUGCGGCCAUUCAAGUCCACCAACAGACUGGCAGUGAUGGCAUUGUGCGGGUUCCAAGUCAUGUGCUGCAAAAGGCCACUGCAGACCUUCAGAGUCUAAGAAUGUCAGUCUUCAGACUACUGCAACCCAAACUGCACUGCAAACUCGGUCAGAGGGAAACUCCGGUAUUUGCUAUGCCGCUGCUGCUUGUGAUGGAUUCUUGGGUAGAGUGUCUCUUCCAGGCAACCUUUUACUGGGAGAUGAAGUGCAGCAAAUGUAAAACACCUGUGAGAAAAAGGGAUAUGAAGACUCUUCCUACUUUAACAAAUAUUGUACCUGAUUGGCACCCACUAAAAGCAGCACACUUAGGCCCCUGCAAUGUGUGUUGUAAGAAGAAUGAGAUGAGGACUAUGAUGUGGGAAAGUCUGCCUCCAGUGUUUGCACUGCACUUUGUGGAGGGGCUCCCUAACAACGAUGUCAGUACGUACACCUUCAACUUCAAGGGCAGAAACUACUCCGUCACCACUGUCAUACAGUACAAGAGUCACCUGAAGCACUUUGUCACCUGGACUUGCAGCGCUGAUGGCUCGUGGCUUUAAUAUGAUGAUUUAAAAUACCCUGACUGUAAGACCCACCAAAAGCUUCAGGUCCCUGCUAAUGAGAUGCAUAUCGUCUUCUGGGAGGUGGAAGACGACAAAGAGCUUCACAUCUGUUCUUCCUCCUCCACAUCUGCACUCUCUGACAAUGAGAGAAACAACAGUUUAAAUGAAGGUUCGGUAGCGGAUGGGGUGUUGGUUCACAGUCCAGAUCAGUCUCUUCUUAUUCCUCAUAACGACACCGACAUCAUCUGCGCUCUCACUGAAGACACCAGCAGCAUCAUGGACACAACAGUCAUGGCAGGCUUUGAUACUUCCAUAGGUGCCACCACUUUGCUUGACACCUUUGAGGGCCUAACCCACAGUGAAAUCAUUACGCUCACACUGGUUGAAGUAAAACCCGAUGUAGAAAUGCAGUCUUUAAACAACAACCACAAAACUCUAGAUCUGACCACCGCUGGUAAGAAUGACAUUCUUGACAGCUCUUCUGCUGCCAAAGGUAAUAAACUGCAUCACUGUCCCAGUGUUGACCUUCCCUCCACCUCAAGUGAUCCCGACUCAGGGGACGGCUCGUCCAGCGAUCCGACAUUUGUGCCCAGUGCCAGGAGAGGACGAGGGAAAGGAAUCAGCAGGGGGAAAACCGUCAGCAGAGCAAAAGGUAAAAAGGUAGCUUCAUCAAAAGUAGCUUUGCAUACUUCAUCAUCGACAUCUUCAGAGCCCUGUGGAGUAAACCGUGAACAGCCUGUGGUCCCUGAUACUGAGGAUAAGAGUCCAUCUACUGAAAUUACACAACAGGGUUCCCUCAUGUCUUCUACUGAUAACCCACCCCUCUCUGCCAAUGAGAGCGAUCCCACAUCAGCAUCACUACUAGAUCAGAAUUCUCGCUGGUCCUUCCUGCUUAGCAAACAUCCACUAAACCAAGUUCAGAAGUCCACUGCUAAGUUUGCCCCUGCAUCAGACACACAAUUAAAGCCCCCUCCUCCUCCUCCUCCUUUUCACUCUACCCCCAACUCUGUGAAGAGACCGCAUCUUCCAAUGGCGCUCUACCCAAAACCACAACUCCGGACAGAGGACAGCGAAGAUCUGCCAGUGAAAGCUGCAGACAUGUACGGGGCAUUUCGUGCUAAGAGCUUAAACAACCAGAGACCCCUCCUAUCACCUACUGUGCAGUCACAACCAGUCACUUCUAACCACCUAACCACCCCUACAGUGAUGUCUAGUACGUCCCUGGUUACACCUGGAGCAAAGGCACUCCUUAAAGCCUCUCUAAAGAGACAUGGCAGCCAUUCCUCAGAGGUUCCUGUAGGCCUCGGCAGCACAGAAGCCCUCAGAUACAAACUGCUUAAGCAACUCAAAUCAAGGAAGAAGCAGCUUGCUAGAAUCAAUAAGAUGUUGGAUAAACAUGAGGGACUACAGCUCCGACCGGACAGCACUGACUUGGACUCUCCCAGCACUGUCACCUCAAGCACCUACGAUGGAGCCACCAGUGACGACUUCCUGUCGGACUUGCUUUCGCCGGCAACAACAGCCAGCAACCUUUCGCCAGACAGCACGGGCUUCUUCGAGAUGUUCGCCAAUGGGCCUGACGGAGCAGAGCGUGUGGUCGAAGCUGCUGGGAGACCAUCAGAGCUGAAUGGCGGAAUGAACGGGCAACACGACGAAAACUUCCUUGACGAGUUCCUCUCUCAGGCUGCGAGUCAUACCCCGACCGACAUUGUCGAAGUAUUUUUUAGUUCAGAUUAAAGAAGGGAGAACUCCUCAAUGUGUAUUUAUGUUUCUGUUAAUGAAGGUUUGUAGGUGUGUCAUGUUAAAUAACAGAUGAAA